AUGUAUUACCAUGUAUUGCCAUGUAUUACCAUGUAUCACCAUGUAUUACCAUGUAUAGCCAUGUAUAGCCAUGUAUUGGCAUGUAUAGCCAUGUAUUGCCAUGUAUACCCAUGUAUAGCCAUGUAUUGCCAUGUAUUACCAUGUAUCACCAUGUAUUACCAUGUAUAGCCAUGUAUUGCCAUGUAUAGCCAUGUAUUGCCAUGUAUAGCCAUGUAUUGCCAUGUAUAGCCAUGUAUUGCCAAGUAUACCCAUGUAUAGCCAUGUAUACCCUUGUAUAGCCAUGUAUUGCCAUGUAUUACCAUGUAUAGCCAUGUAUUACCAUGUAUCACCAUGUAUUACCAUGUACAGCCAUGUAUAGCCAUGUAUAGCCAUGUAUUGCCAUGUAUUGCCAUGUAUUGCCAUGUAUACCCAUGUAUAGCCAUGUAUACCCAUGUAUAGCCAUGUAUUGCCAUGUAUUACCAUGUAUUGCCAUGUAUUACCAUGUAUCACCAUGUAUUACCAUGUAUAGCCAUGUAUAGCCAUGUAAUGCCAUGUAUAGCCAUGUAUUGCCAUGUAUUGCCAUGUAUAGCCAUGUAUUGCCAGUAUACCCAUGUAUAGCCAUGUAUUGCCAUGUAUUACCAUGUAUCACCAUGCAUUACCAUGUAUAGCCAUGUAUAGCCAUGUAUUGCCAUGUAUAGCCAUGUAUUGCCAUGUAUUGCCAUGUAUAGCCAUGUAUUGCCAUGUAUAGCCAUGUAUUGCCAUGUAUACCCAUGUAUUACCAUGUAUAGCCAUGUAUAGCCAUGUAUUGCCAUGUAUAGCCAUGUAUUGCCAUGUAUUACCAUGUAUUACCAUGUAUUACCAUGUAUAGCCAUGUAUAGCUAUGUAUUGCCAUGUAUUGCCAUGUAUUGCCAUGUAUACCCAUGUAUAGCCAUGUAUACCCAUGUAUAGCCAUGUAUUGCCAUGUAUUACCAUGUAUAGCCAUGUAUUACCAUGUAUCACCAUGUAUUACCAUGUAUAGCCAUGUAUAGCUAUGUAUUGCCAUGUAUUGCCAUGUAUUGCCAUGUAUACCCAUGUAUAGCCAUGUAUAGCCAUGUAUUGCCAUGUAUUACCAUGUAUCACCAUGUAUUACCAUGUAUAGCCAUGUAUAGCCAUGUAUAGCCAUGUAUUGCCAUGUAUAGCCAUGUAUUGCCAUGUGUUGCCAUGUAUAGCCAUGUAUACCCAUGUAUAGCCAUGUAUUGCCAUGUAUUACCAUGUAUCACCAUGCAUUACCAUGUAUAGCCAUGUAUAGCCAUGUAUUGCCAUGUAUUGCCAUGUAUAGCCAUGUAUAGCCAUGUAUAGCCAUGUAUUGCCAUGUAUUACCAUGUAUCACCAUGUAUUACCAUGUAUAGCCAUGUAUUGCCAUGUAUAGCCAUGUAUUGCCAUGUAUUGCCAUGUAUAGCCAUGUAUUGCCAUGUAUACCCAUGUAUAGCCAUGUAUACCCAUGUAUAGCCAUGUAUUGCCAUGUAUAGCCAUGUAUUGCCAUGUAUUACCAUGUAUCACCAUGUAUUACCAUGUAUAGCCAUGUAUAGCUAUGUAUUGCCAUGUAUUGCCAUGUAUUGCCAUGUAUACCCAUGUAUAGCCAUGUAUACCCAUGUAUAGCCAUGUAUUGCCAUGUAUUACCAUGUAUAGCCAUGUAUUACCAUGUAUCACCAUGUAUUACCAUGUAUAGCCAUGUAUAGCUAUGUAUUGCCAUGUAUUGCCAUGUAUUGCCAUGUAUACCCAUGUAUAGCCAUGUAUAGCCAUGUAUUGCCAUGUAUUACCAUGUAUCACCAUGUAUUACCAUGUAUAGCCAUGUAUAGCCAUGUAUAGCCAUGUAUUGCCAUGUAUAGCCAUGUAUUGCCAUGUAUUGCCAUGUAUAGCCAUGUAUACCCAUGUAUAGCCAUGUAUUGCCAUGUAUUACCAUGUAUCACCAUGUAUUACCAUGUAUAGCCAUGUAUAGCCAUGUAUUGCCAUGUAUUGCCAUGUAUAGCCAUGUAUAGCCAUGUAUAGCCAUGUAUUGCCAUGUAUUACCAUGUAUCACCAUGUAUUACCAUGUAUAGCCAUGUAUUGCCAUGUAUAGCCAUGUAUUGCCAUGUAUUGCCAUGUAUAGCCAUGUAUUGCCAUGUAUACCCAUGUAUAGCCAUGUAUACCCAUGUAUAGCCAUGUAUUGCCAUGUAUUACCAUGUAUUACCAUGUAUACCCAUGUAUAGCCAUGUAUACCCAUGUAUAGCCAUGUAUUGCCAUGUAUUACCAUGUAUUGCCAUAUAUUACCAUGUAUAGCCAUUUAUAGCCAUGUACUGCCAUGUAUAGCCAUGUAUUACCAGGUAUAGCCAUGUAUUGCCAUGUAUACCCAUGUAUAGCCAUGUAUACCCAUGUAUAGCCAUGUAUUGCCAUGUAUUAUCAUGUAUUGCCAUGUAUUACCAUGUAUCACCAUGUAUUACCAUGUAUAGCCAUUUAUAGCCAUGUAUAGCCAUGUACAGCCAUGUAUAGCCAUGUAUUACCAUGUAUCACCAUGUAUUACCAUGUAUAGCCAUGUAUAGCCAUGUAUUGCCAUGUAUUGCCAUGUAUUGCCAUGUAUACCCAUGUAUAGCCAUGUAUACCCAUGUAUAGCCAUGUAUUGCCAUGUAUUACCAUGUACUACCAUGUAUUACCAUGUAUCACCAUGUAUUACAAUGUAUAGCCAUGUAUAGCCAUGUAUUGCCAUGUAUAGCCAUGUAUUGCCAUGUAUUGCCAUGUAUAGCCAUGUAUUGCCAUGUAUACCCAUGUAUAGCCAUGUAUACCCAUGUAUAG